UCAGUGUUCUUCGUUUGGUUGUGGCAUUUAUUUUAUUGAAAAUUUGAUAAAAUAUUCCAACCAAAUGAAGAUCAAAACGAAAUAACAAAAGAAAAUAAUAACCAAAUUGCAAAGUGACAAUUAAAGUACAUAAAGACUCAAAUAAAACAAAAACUAAUUAAAUUAACAGGGUGACCCGUGUAAAAAUAAAAAUAAUUAAUUAAAUUUUAAUGUGCAAAAAAUUGACCCCAAAAUCAUUAGAAGUUGUGCUACAAAAAUUGCAAAAGGCGCCAACACACAAUUCUGGACCCAAGCCAAGCGCCCACCUACACACACACACACAUACACACACAUCAAAAAAGAAGCUUCAAGAUAAUGGCCGGAUAUUUACCUCGCCCAGAGUCCCCACGACCCGCCAGACCCACACGCCCUCGCUUCGACCCACGGGAACCCAGGUAUCGCCCCGCAUCUUGGCAGUAUGCCUGUGGCCUCUGCCAGGAGGACCACGCCAUACGGUCAUGCCCGCGGUUCCGGCAAAUGACACCGUAUCAGAGAUACGAGACAGUUGAGAGACGGAGUUACUGUCGGAACUGUCUGGCGCGCAGCCAUCUGGCCCCAGACUGCCCCGUGGUCACUGCCUGCCGAACAUGCGACUACCGCCAUCACACAAUGCUGCAUGGAGCCCCACAGCUUAGGGAGACAUACGGCAGCUACAGCCCGCCCCCAAUGGAGAUUGCCAACCCACGGCAACUUGCAAUCGAACCAGCCAACCAGAUGCCCAUCGUCCAAGGCCCUCCCCCGGUCGAGAUACCUUACAGCCGGGCCACUGUUUUUGUACCCACGGCGAUGGUGGAAUUGGCACCCGAGGAGCAGGACGAUUGGGCUGGGGUACGGGUACUUUUGUGCCAGGCAUCGACCAUCACCCGAAUCGCGGCAGCCACAGUAACUCGCCUGGGGAUACCAACGAGAGAGCGCAGAGGGCACCGUCUGGCAACAAUAAGACUUCGGUCAAGGCAUGCGUCGAGGAGGACCAUGCAUACCAUCCGGGCAGUGGUGACCCGGGAUUUGCCGCGACGACCCUAUUCAGAUCCCAUCAUUCCCGACCCCACAAGCAGCCUAAGAUCCCUUUCUUUGGCAGACGCUGACCCUAGGGGCAACGAACCAAUCGAUGUAGAGGUAGGGGCCGAUGCCUACGCCCACCUCCGGAGGAGUGGUGUUGUACAACCCGGAUUGGGAGCCGUCUUCGCCCAGGAGACAGAUUGGGGAUACGUGUUCGUCGGCCCAGUCACCUCACAGGCAAGAAACCAAAAUUAAAAAGGUAAGAUGUCACUUCGUCACUUGGAGGGGGAGAAUGUUCAAAGUACGUUUGAACAUGAAGUCAUGUGCACCCAUGUGCAGACAUGCGUUCACGUAUGCACAUGACCCACUGUGCAUAACGGUACAUUGAAGUAAGUUCUUAAUCGCUGAUUCCGCCUUGACUUCAUAUUUGUUUACCUGGAAUUGUUGCUUGUAGCUUGGAAAGUUGACCGUUUUCGCGGGGUCCAAGUGACAAGCAACAACCAGAAAAAGAUCAGUCUCGUUUUAAAUCUCAAACCCGCGCAUCGUAUUCUCUCCCCCUCAAAGUGAAAACCCAAGUGAAGUGAAAAGUAAAAAGUGAACAUACAUACAAACAUAUAUAACUAGAGUGAACAUUGCAACAAUAAACUUUGAAACAGUGAACUAAUAUAUUUAAC